GCGGAUGUGAAGCUCGAGUGCGUCAGGGAGGAGACUCCGCGGGCGUGCGCCAAGUUCGAGGUCCGGGAGGCGCGGGUGGAGGAGGGCAAGUACGUGGGCAUCAUCUCCCUCAAGGAACUACUCGACUACGAGACGGAGCGCCAGUACACCAUGGCGGUACGAGCGUCAGACAGCGGGACGGAGAAGCGCCUGAGUUCGACGUCGACGGUGGUGAUCGAGGUGAGGGACGUGCAGGACCAGCCGCCGGUCUUCCUCAAUGCCCCCUUCAGCGCCACCGUCAGGGAGGCCAGUGAGCCUGGCACGCCCGUCCUCGAGAUCAAAGCACGUGACGGCGACCUCGGCGAGCCCCGCCCCCUCACCCUCACCCUGCAGGACGAUGACUCCGGCUACUUCACCCUGGCUGACAUCCGCACCCUUCCCGACGGCUCCCUGAUCGCCACCCUUGCCACCUCUGACGUCACCCUGGAUCGAGAGGACCCGCUGAUCCUCAACAAUGGCGGCCUGUACACCUUCAGCGUGAGGGCGCAGGAGGAGGGCGGGCAGGCGGCAGUGUCUCUCGUGACGGUGGUCGUGACGGACGUCGCCGACCAGCCGCCGCUCUUCAGUGAGGCCGAGAUCGCUGUGACCGUUCCUGAGGAUAUCUCCGACGGGACGCCCCUGCCCGGACUCAACCUCGUGGUGACCGACAAGGACGUGGGCGAGAACGCGAGAUUCAGCCUCGCCCUCGAAGACAUCUUUGGCUCCCGCGGCGUCUUCUCCAUCUUCCCGGAAUCGGCUGUCGGGAGGACUCCGGUCAUCAUCAAGGUGGCCGACUCCUCCAGGCUCGACUUCGAGAACUCCGACGCCUCGCAGUUCCUCUUCAAAGUCGUGGCGAGCGAGGGCGGCGUGCCCGUCUCCUCCGCCGUCGUCAACGUGACUGUGAGCGACGCCAACGACAACGCGCCAGAAUUCCGCCAGCCCUCCUACAGGUACAACGUGAGCGAGAGCGUGGCCCGCGGAACACUCGUGAGCACACUGAAGGCGACAGAUGCGGACUCCGGUGCCUUCGGGGAGAUCAGCUACGCCCUCAAGGGAUUCGGCGCCGAGAAGUUCCGCGUGGACGAGCGUUCGGGUGACGUCUACAUCGCCAACUGCGGCAUCGACGUCUGCCUCGACUACGAGCGCCAGAAGACCUACUCGCUCACGUACUCGGCCACGGACGGCGGCGGGAAGGUCACGUCGGUGAAUAUCUUCGUCGACGUCCUGGACGAGAACGACAACGCGCCGGAGUUCGCCAAGAGGGAGUACCGCAGGACCGUCGACGAGGGCGCGGCCGCGUUCGAUCCCCCGCUCUUCGUCAAGGCCACGGACGCCGACGGAGACUCCCAGGGCGGCGGGAAAGUGUUCUAUUCCCUGCACGACGGCAACACCCCCGACGAGGCGUUCUUCGUGGAGCCCGUGAGCGGAGAGAUCUCGAUGCAGCGACCGCUCAGCUACAUCGACACGCCCACCUCCACCUACACGCUCACCGUCAGGGCCACGGAUGUUGGUAAACCGCCUCGCCACAGUGACGUGCGCGUGUUCGUGACCGUGGGACGCGACACGAACAGACCUCCGAGAUUCAGGCAGAGGCGGUACGAGGCGGAGGUCCCUGAGGAUGCUGCGGCUGGUUUGGUCGUGCUACAGAUGUCAGCCAGUGAUCCUGACGGCCCUGACGAGGCGGUGACGUACAUGCUGACGGCGGGGGCGAGGGAUAACUUCGUGAUGAACCUGACCAGCGGGGAGAUCACCGUGGCAUCCGGGGCCAGCCUGGAUCGUGACGUCACGCCGAGAUAUCAGCUAACUGUGGCAGCCGUAGACAGCGGGGCAGAGACUCAACAGACCUCAACGACCACCGUGAUUGUUAACCUUCUUGACGUCAACAACAAACCGCCCAAAUUCAAUCAGGAAUCGUACGUGCGGUACGUGAGCGAGCGCCUCCCGCCCGGAGAAAGGGUCGUCACCGUAUCAGCCGUUGACCCCGACCUCGGCGCUGACCUCGUUUACGAAAUCACCGAACCCGUGAUGGCGAGGGACAAGACGGGCGUGGCUCUCGUGCCUUCGUCGCCCUAUGAUUAUAUCGGUGCCUUCAGCGUGAAUGAGACGACGGGCGAGAUCUCGGUGGCGGGAACCCUCGACCACAACGCCGCCGCGGUCAUUAUUCUCACCGUGAGCGUCACCGAUAAUAAUGCGACUGAGGACUUCCCGGGCCAGACUGAUACGACUGAGGUAACCAUGUACGUGCAAGCCUUCAGUGACCAGAACCCCAUCUUCGCCCCGCCCUGGACCCCCGCGCGACCCCAGCUGGAGGUCACGGUCAAGGAGGAGCAGGAGCUGGGGUCCGUCGUGUUCUCCGUCACCGCCAAGGACCCCGUGACAGGUCAACCGGUCCGGCGCUACGAGAAAGUGUCCGGCUCCGACCCCGUAGACAUGUUCCUGGUGGCUCCGAUCACCGGCCAAGUCACACUGAACUCUCGGCUGGACUACGAGGCCUCGACCACCAAGACGACGUCCCUGCAGGUGCUGGCCAUAGCGGGCGAUCGUUCCAGCGAAGCGACUGUGACUGUCAAUAUUGAGGACGUCAACGAUAACAGCCCCAUCUUUACGGAAAAUGAGUACCACGCCCGCCUCUCCGAAGACGCGCGCUGGCCCAAGACGGUGCUGACGGUGACGGCGACGGACGCGGACACGGAGGAGCACGGCCAGGUCACGUACACGCUGGGCGGCGAAGGGGCGCUCAUGUUCGUCGUCAAUGAGACUACGGGCGAGAUUCGCGUGGCUCGAGGCGCCCAGUUAGACCGCGAGUCCACGCCCACCAUCACCCUCGAAGUGACUGCCCACGACACCCCGAUGGGCGGCAUUAACCAGCGUAAAACCACAGUUAUUGUCGAGAUCGAGCUGACCGACGUGAACGACGCGUCCCCGGUGUGGAGCGAGUCGUCGUACACGGCGGUGGUGCCCGAGAACACGCCGGUGGGGAGUCCGGUCACCAACGUCCUCGCGACCGACCCCGACCUCGGCAUCAACGGCCUCGUCCGCUACCAGCUGCCGGAGCUCCAGGGCGAAGUCGAUGGUCUGUUCUUCCUGGACCCCGAGAGCGGAGUGUUGUCCGUAGCAGCGCCCCUCAGCGGGAAGGGUCGCAACGAGCACUACGAGCUGACCGUACGGGCCCUGGAUCAAGGCAGUCCGCAGCUCUACUCGGAGGCCACGAUUCGCGUCCUCAUUGGUGACGUCUCCACCAAUGACGGCGUCCCGACGUUCGUUAAGCCACGCCCCAAUGAAGGAGCGAGUGUCAUGGAGAACUCGAAGAUCGGGACGGCCGUGUUCCAGGUGCAGGCCGAAGACCCCGACGACCCCAACACGCCCAACGGCAAGAUCGUCUAUUCCUUCCUCGACGACGGCAGCGACAACGGCGUCUUUGAGAUCGAUCCGACGACGGGCAUCAUAACGACCCGUGUAGCGCUGGACAGAGAGCAGCGAGCCCAAUAUACCGUGGUGGUCGUUGCACAAGAUCUGGGUCGUCCUCCUCAGCUGGCUUCACGACUCCUGGUCAUCAACAUUACCGAUGCCGACGACAACCUGCCAGCCUUUGUUAAGCUUCCGGGUGAGAAGCCGAUGGACGUCCAGGUGGAAGAGGAGGCCGCUCUGGACACCGAAGUCGCCUACGUAGAAGCGCGCGAUGGCGACGUCGGCGAAAAUUCCCUCAUCAACUACCAGAUUACCGACGGAAAUACUGACGGUCUUUUCGGCAUCAACCGGACGUCGGAUAACAGAGGGAUUAUCUAUGUAAAAGGUCGCAUCGACAGGGAAAAGGUGGGGUCAGUGACCUUGACGCUGCUGUGUGGAAAGUACGGACGUCGGAUGCCCGCGAGGAAGGCAUACGACCCUACUGAUCCCGCUAUGAUGCAGGUUCGCGUUCUCGUGACUGACCUCGACGACAAUAAACCAGCGUUCGCGAAGGACGUCAUUACCACAGGAGUGCGGGUGGACGCGGCGCUGCAGACGGAGGUGGUGAAGCUGGAGGCGGAGGACAAGGACCCGACCGCGCUGCCUAUCAGGUACGCCAUACACAACAUCAGCUUCUCCCACAUCGAAGACACUGUCGAGCUUCUUCCCGAAGAGGAGGUAAAUGCCACAGGAGUCUUCUUGCUCGAGGAAUCAUCCGGUGUGCUGAGGACCAACGCCCCUCUCACCCGCUACGCUCACGGGAUCUUCACUCUGUUCAUUACCGCUUUAUCGUCUCCUACUGAUGACCCUGCGGUUGCUCAGGUCAUGAUCUACGUGUUGCGAGACAGUGAUCUUCUGCGCUUCGUGUUCGGGGUAACGCCCGGGGAGGUGCGACGUCAGCUGAACACCUUCAAGAAAGAGGUCGAGAAUGUGUUGUUUGUGAACUCGUCUUUGAACAUUUACGACACUACUUAUUAUACCGAUGCCAAUGGUGCUAUUGAUUUCUCCAGCACGGGGUCGUGCUUCCAGCUGGUUGGUCGCAACAUGCGCGAAACAAAAGAGUUACUUGACCCUUCAGAUAACUCGGCGUUGGAAAAAGUCUUUGGGAGAUUUACGGUCAAAAAGGUUGAGCGGUGCGUUCCCCGGCGCGAGUCUCGCCAAGCAGACUGGGUGGAGGUGUGGGUGUUGGUGAUCGCGGCCUUCAUCGGCGUCGGAGGCACUAUCGCCGCCUGCUCCGUGUGCUGCCUUUACUCCCGCUACCGAAGACGCCUCAAGCGACACCAGCAGCACAUGAGGUUACUCGAGAGUCCUCCUCCAGCAGCGCCAGUUCUCCCUCCAGGUUCCAUCGUCAUGCUGCCUCCAGGGCCUCCGCCCCCGGGGCCGUCGCACCCAGGGGGACCUCAUGGCCCUGUCAUGCCUCCGCCCUCCAUGCUGAGCUCGGAGCCUCCUCGGUCGUAUGAGUGGCAAGAGCGCGGGCUUCCCCUCGACACAGUGUCAUAUAGAAGCGCCCAGCGGUAGCUUAAGCUUCGUCCUGGUAUAAGGUGCAAUGUACAAUAAGUCCUGCAAUACAUCAUGUGCCUUCUUGUGCGAGUUCAGGGAUCUGACAAUAAGAAUGGUCUCGAAAUGAUACGGGAAAGUGCAAAAUCAACUGGGAAAGUAUUUAACGUCCUCUAAUUGGUACCAUACGCAAUUUAUGCCUCCCGUUGUUAAAUUAUAUUGUUGAAAUAUUAGGAAUUAGGAAUUUUAACAGAGAAGGGGAAUUUGCCAAAUAUUUUCAUUCCGGUAUAAAAGGUUGUGUGAUUGGGUUUCAACAGUAUUUGACAAGUCUUUUUCUGUAAACAUUCGCAACUGUCAUUUGAUAUAACAGGCGCUUGUACAAGUAAGUGAACUUGUAAUUAUGUGUACAUAACUUAUACACUAUAUUAGUAAUACUAUUUGAUAGACGUUUUGAAUGGGUAUGUUAGAUUUUGCUCUAAAUACAGAUCUAAGCAUUUACUUUAGAUUAUGAAACAAUUAUAUUUUAGAAUAAACCAAAAAAAUGA